AACCGUUUUCGAAACCAGACGGAAUCGUCCCGCCUUUCUCGUUUCAUUCCAUCUUUCAUUUCUCCGUCACCCGCCUCCGGCUUCGGCAACCACCGCCUUACCCACCACCACACGAUAAUGGAAGCUCGCCGGCAAUCAUCGAACGAACCCGUACAAUCUCCGAAGCCAAAAACGAAAAAGAUUUAUUUCGAGGAAGAUUCCACCAACGCCUCAUAUGAAGCAUUACCGAAUGCAGUGUUCUUCACGCUGUUUUUCUCGGUGGUUUAUUUUCUCCUUUCACGGUGGCGUGAAAAGAUCCGUACUUCCACGCCUCUUCACCUCGUCACCUCCUCGGAGAUCGUCGCGCUUUUCGCUUUGAUCGCCUCGUUUAUUUACCUUUUAGGGUUCUUCGGGAUUGAUUUCGUUAAGUCUUUGAUUCUACGACCCUCUACCGACGUUUGGAUUUCAGAGGACGUUGAAGAGAAUGGAGUUUUGCUUCGUAAAGAAGAUAUCGGCAAAGUCCCUUGCGGGCAAGCUCUUGAUUGCUCGGCUCCGGCAGCACCGGUUUUAUCUGACCAGAAAGUGUUCGAUGAAAAGCCUGUGAGAGUUACAACCGAGGAAGACGAAGAAAUAGUUAAAGCCGUUGUGGCUGGAACAAUCCCUUCAUAUUCUUUGGAAUCGAAGUUAGGCGAUUGCAAGAGAGCUGCUGCGAUAAGGCGUGAUGCAUUGGUUAGAUUAACGGGGAAGUCGUUGUCAGGAUUGCCUUUGGAUGGAUUCGAUUACGAUGCAAUUUUAGGACAGUGCUGUGAGAUGCCGAUUGGUUACGUGCAGAUCCCCGUAGGAAUUGCCGGGCCAUUGUUGCUUAAUGGAAGAGAGUACUCGGUUCCUAUGGCAACCACGGAAGGGUGCUUAGUAGCUAGCACUAAUAGGGGAUGUAAGGCUAUUCAUUUGUCUGGUGGAGCUUCAAGUGUUUUACUGAAAGAUGGAAUGACUAGAGCUCCUGUUGUAAGGUUUGGUACCGCCAAAAGAGCAGCUGAUUUGAAGUUGUAUUUGGAGGAUCCUUUAAAUUUUGAGACCUUGGCUGUUGCUUUUAACAGAUCAAGUAGAUUUGCUAGGCUUCAAGGUAUAAAAUGUGCCAUUGCUGGGAAGAAUCUUUAUUUGAGAUUUGUUUGCAGCACCGGUGAUGCGAUGGGGAUGAACAUGGUUUCGAAAGGUGUCCAAAACGUUUUGGAUUUCCUUCAAACUGAUUUCCCUGACAUGGAUGUCAUCGGCAUAUCUGGAAAUUUCUGUUCAGACAAAAAGCCCGCUGCGGUGAAUUGGAUUGAAGGACGAGGCAAAUCUGUUGUCUGUGAGGCCAUCAUUAAGGGUGAUGUGGUGAGGGAAGUCUUGAAGACUAGUGUUGAAUCCCUUGUGGAGCUUAACGUGCUUAAGAACCUUACUGGAUCUGCUAUGGCCGGAGCAUUGGGUGGAUUCAAUGCACACACUAGUAACAUCGUGACUGCAAUCUACAUCGCUACCGGUCAAGAUCCGGCUCAGAACGUUGAGAGCUCUCAUUGCAUCACGAUGAUGGAAGCUGUGAAUGAUGGCAAGGACCUUCACAUCUCCGUCACAAUGCCUUCCAUCGAGGUCGGCACUGUUGGUGGUGGAACUCAGCUUGCAUCUCAGUCGGCAUGCUUGAAUCUUCUCGGAGUCAAGGGUGCGAACCGAGAGUCACCUGGUGCGAACUCUAGACUCCUUGCAACCAUCGUAGCUGGUGCAGUCCUUGCGGGAGAACUGUCGCUCAUGUCCGCACUGGCAGCUGGGCAACUAGUUAAGAGCCAUAUGAAGUACAAUAGGUCAAGUAAGGAAGCUUCCAACACUGCUUAAAGAACACUUAAUAAAUGUAUGGCAGGAUUCAUUCUCAAGGAUUCAUUCGCAUGGUGUAAAACCAAAACCAUUUUAAGAUUGUUGGACGAGUGA